AUGUCCGCACAAACGUCCACCUCAACUUCAAACCAGAGAAUGUGUUUACCGCCCGAAAUAUGGCACUAUGUUGGGCAGUAUAUCCCCCUCGAGGACUUGAAGAGACUUUACGGUGUUAACCUGCUGUUCUUCGACCUUUCGAUGGACGCCAUGUACCGCAGCAUCGUGUUUGGAAACAUAAACGACUUGAAGAUUCACCAGUUGGAUUCCUUGAAGGAUCCCAAAAUUGCUUGCCGCGUGCGGUCCCUCUCCAUACCAGUGAAUGUUGAGAGGAAUCAUUACGAGAAGCAAGAGGCUGCCCCAAGGCCUCCCUCGUCAUUUGAGAAGGCAUUCCGGCGUCUGUUCCGUCGCACGAGACAAGUCAAACCCGACCCAAAGCAGGUGGAACGUGCUGCGAUUGCGGAGAUGAUCGCACAAGUGAUCCCUCUGAUGCCCAACGUCGAAAGAUACACCUUGUCGUGGUCAGCGUGCUCGGACCCUCUUCCCCCGUACCAUGAAGUUGCAUGGCGAACUUUCUCUCCUAAUCUCGUCGAUAUCGCUCUGACGGUAAACACCGCUCUAGCACCCCACAUUGGUAUUCUGUCCUCAUUCAAGUUCCCUCGACUCGAAAGCCUGUCCAUUCAAAUUGAUGAAGACUUCAAAGGACCGCCUACACCAUGGAUGAAGCUCGUAGAGUGUCAGAAGACACUUGCAUCGUUUGUCAGCCCGUCGCGCUCCACGUUAAAGAAGCUUCGGAUGCGCUCGUCUCUUCUCCCAUUAGCAGAACUCUACUCUCCAUUACCCGAGUUUGAAAAUCUUGUCGUUUUAGGUGUCGAGAUGACUGUACAUAUGGAGGCCGGCGAUGCACGUAGCUUCCCUAUCCUGGUUAUAGGAAAACAAGCGAGCCAUCUUGAAGAACUCGACAUCCGCAUUGGUGGUGACGAUGACGUCCGGCCCAUAAUCCAGUCAUUUCCCUGUUUCUGCAUGAAGGACCUCCGUAUCCCGAAGCUCACGACACUCACAAUUUCUGCCCAGCUUCUGAAUACCCUAGAACACGAGCAGCAAAUCGCUACCUUCUUCCGCAUUCAUUCGUCAACUCUCAGGAUCCUCCACAUUCGUGGGCUUUGGCUUGCGUCCAAUUCGGUGGCCCACCCGGGCUUGGCUACCGUCCUCGACAAUUCACGCGCCCUGACGACCCUCUCUUUGGUCUCGGAAUAUCUGCAAGCAUCUCACCUCGGGCUCCUCGCAAGUUCGCUUCCUCAACUCGAAAGGCUCACCUUGAACAUUGAGUACGUUCUCUCAAACACUGGGAGUGAUGCCGCCUCUCCGAGCGACAUAUUCCCAAAAUGGCACGAGGUGACGGAUUAUAUGCACCCUUUUGUCGACGAUAUCAAGCAAGAUUUAUCCCUCCAGCAAUGGCACUUGCAGGAUAUCACAAUUCAGCGGCAGUCUUGUUGUGGCAUUCUCGUCCUCUGGGGACUGAUGAAGCUCUGCAGAAUCCAUUCCUAG